AUGCUCGCAGACAAGGACUUUGGCAUCCACACUAUCUGCUCUGUGGGUUCCAAACUUGUGAAAGACCGUGGCCGCGAUCAAUAUAUGGCCAAUGUCGCUCUGAAGUUCAAUCUCAAGCUUGGCGGUAUCAAUCAGAUCGUUGAGAACAGGAACCUUGGCAUCGUCGACGAGAACAAGACAAUGGUUGUCGGCACCGACGUGACACAUCCCUCACCAAGCUCCUCCUCCAAUGCGCCUUCUGUCUCUGCAAUGGUGGCUUCUAUCGACAAGUUCCUAGGCCAGUGGCCCGCGACAUUGCGCAUCCAACACGCGAGGCAGGAGAAUGUCACCGACCUCACCGAGAUGUUCAAGUCUCGCCUAAACCUCUGGAAGACCAAAGGUACAACAGAAGAAAAGGUUAAUGUCGCUUUGGUUGCAAGAACAUAUGGUGUUGAUCCUUCAAAUCUCAGAAAACGUCUUCGCAAGGUUACCGGUCCAAAAGAAGCACAAUAUGACAAUCAACGACUAUUGAGCGGAGGGCAAUCUCAAGCACUUAUAAGAUGGAUAAAUCAUCUUACCGAGAAGGGCCUGCCACCUACGAAUUCGAUGCUGGCAAAUUUUGCAAAAGAUAUAUGUGGCAAAAAGCCUGGAAAAAACUGGGCUAGUCGCUGGUUAAAGUCUCAUUCAGAUCAGGUUAUUUCUCGCUAUUCUACGGGCCUCGACAUGGACAGGAAAAAAGGCAGGUAAAUCAUGGAAAUACGCGUUAUAUUUUAAGCUUCUUGGUCGGAAAAUAGAGCAGUAUAAUCUUGCUCCAGAACAAAUCUAUAGGGCUAGAAUAGUUACUACGUAGUAUAGACGAGUCUCACAAGUUGUUACAGAAACCCAUAAGAGGAAACUCGUAAGAUGUAUUUAAUAAUAUGACAGUUUCGUGUUC